AUGUUUCGACGAACACAGGAAACGUCGUCUUCGGCUUUAGAAACACGUACUCGAGAAAUAACUGCUGAUACGGAACGGCUUCACCAACGAUUACGAGAUAUAGCACAAUCUGUACUUAAUGAUGAGGAUGAUAUAUUCGAUGGAAAUGAUUAUGGACGAACAUCACCUCGACGUUUAUCACCAUUACGGGGUGCUGAUCGAUUUGAUUCACCUGAGCGAGGUUAUACUCGACUUCGUUCGCCUCGAUCGAAUUCACCUCAACGUCCAACGCAAGCAUCUCGACCACACUCUCGUAAUGUUUCACCAUCAUUUGCUGAUAGUACAUUUAGUGCUGUUCAUGCUGCAUUAAAUAAACGUCAAGUUCAGGUAAUAAAUCAUUAUUUAAAUCGAUAG